AUCCCAUCAUCAUCAUCAUCAUCAUCAUCAGCAGCAGCAUCCCCAUUCCCUCUCUCUCUCUAAUAAUCAAUUCCUCUCCAUUUCCAGACCGUUCUCUUCUCAUCUCCCUCUCGCCAUUUCUCUCUAAUAACGAAUAAUUCUCCAGAAGAAGAAGAAGAAGAAGCUGAAACUGCUGCUUUUAUAUUUUCUAGGGUUUCUGUUUCUCUCCCCAAUCUGCAGAUCGGACUGUCGCUCUCUCUACAGAUCUCACGACCGUGUCCGAUCGAAGACGGAUAUGCAGGCGGGUUUCCUUCGUUUUUGAUCUGUAGAGGUUCUUGUGCAGCAGAUCUCGUUCCAGCUCGAGCUUGUUUUCGGAUUUUAGGGUUUCUGCAAGGUCUGAUUAGUACAGUCAGAAUCUGUGUUUUGAGAUUGGAAUUCGGUCCUGGAGGUUGUGCUGGUUUGAUUUGUGAAUCUCGUUGGGUGUUUUUUUGAUGGUCGGUUGUCGAUUUUGAUUGGCAUAUCCGAUCGGCGGAUCGGAUGCGUUCGGUCCUGUUUGUGGCAAUGGAAUUCGUGGUGGUUUGGGGAUGGGAGAUGCUGGGGGGUGUUCGGUUUGUUGAUUCGGUUGGGCUGUCGAUGCACAGCCUUUGGUUUUGAUCCUCAUGUGUAAUAAAGGGAUCGGAUGCGUGCGAUCCUUUUCAGUGUCUGAAACUUCCGUCGAUCAAACCCAGGCUCUGUUCACGAUGGAUGGCUCCGCUGCGCCUGUACCGACAAACACCGCCGCUGCUGAUGAGACCCCGCGUGUUGCUGCUGCUGACGAGACCCCGCGUGUUAAGUUCCUGUGCAGCUUUGGAGGCAGUAUCCUGCCCCGCCCGCUCGACGGUAAGCUUCGGUAUGUUGGUGGCGAAACCCGGAUUGUGAGCAUGCCGCGUGAUGUCACCUAUGAGGAGCUGAUGUCGAGGAUGCGGGAGCUCUUUGAAGCUGCAGCGCUGCUAAAGUACCAGCAGCCUGAUGAGGACCUCGACGCGCUGGUAUCGGUUGUGAAUGAUGAUGAUGUCACAAACAUGAUGGAGGAGUAUGAUAAGCUUGAUGCAGCAGGCGAUGGGUUUACCCGCCUCAGGAUAUUCCUCUUUUCGCACCCUGAUCAAGAUGUUUCUCCACAUUUCGAUGCAGAUGAAAGAGAAACUGAGCGAAGGUAUGUCGAUGCACUGAACAGCAUGUCUGAUACUGCUUCUGACUUUAGAAAGCAACAGGUUGAUGGCUUGAUCUCUGGGCAGUUGGAAAAAAUUCACUCUGGCGAACAGUUCUACAACCCUAUGAAUUGUGAGGUUCAGUUGCCGCCAUUUAACUUGCACCACAUCAAUGUCCCUCAUCCAUCAUCCGGGCAACACUCACAACCACAUACUCAAAGAUACAACGAGAUGGAGGCUCCAUGGAGUCCCGCCUACUAUUCAGCCGGGCACCAUCCUGCCCAUGACCCACGGCCUGUUCCUGAAUUUCCAUCUUCGCCCUCAGCCAGACGCUACCGUAUGCCUUUCGGGGAUUUACAUGAUAAGUGCAUGGAUAGGAUGUUGGAAGAAUAUGGCCGGCAUCCGAUGAAUCAUCAGCCACCAUAUGAUCACCAACCAGCUUUCGUUGAUAAUGUGAUGUGGCUGCCGCCUGGAGCAAUUGCCAGUGAAAAAUCUGGGUAUCCUGGUAAUUUGAGUCAUUCUCACAACGUCUUUGACGGGAAUAGUAUUUGCGAGCAUUGCAGAAUGGCUUUCCAGAAAAACCAAGCUUUGUUGGAGACCCGAUAUCCUGAUGCUCGCUGGAGGCACGGACAACCCCACAUGGAACAGUCAAGCUCGGGGAAUGAAUUCGUGCAAUUCUCUAAUCGGUGUGGCGAGUGCUUCCCCAGUAGGGAGGCUUACAUGUUGAAUCCAGAAUCAAAAUUGGACCCUGGAGUCUACUCGAAUGAGCAAAAUGAGCAUCGUCCCUUCUAUAACGAAUCCCUUAAUCACGAAAGAGGGUGGGUUCUACACCACCAACUGAACCAUCAGGCCGAGGAACCCAGAACGCAACUAUCCGGAGCUAGUGGAAGGGUCAACGAGCACUACAUGGUAGAUGGCAGUGGCAUGAACAUGAAUUUUCCUUUCGUGCAUGAUGGGCAUUCAGUGUCUUCCAACUGCAUCAAUCAUGAUGAUCCUCGGUAUAUCCAUUCUGGUGCAGAGCUGGGGAGCGAAGCAUUUCAUGACCAAACAGUUGGACCUGGACCUGGACCUGGACCUGGACAUCACAUGCACAUCCAGCCUCUUGAAGACUCUGGGAUCCGGUAUGGGAAUUUCCCUCCUGCUUAUGGAAUGGAUAGUCAUUAUCAAGGAUCACAUGGGUCUGUGCAGAUGCAUGCUCUACGGAGACAGGUGCAGAAUCCUAUUCGUGGAGGUCCAUCAUAUGAAGCAUCGGGUAUUCUACCACAGGCAAAUGGUACAGUUAAUGCAGGGUUCAUUAGGGGUGCACAAGAGGGAAGUCCAAGGCUCAGCCGUGUUGGGAUGGAAGAUCGAAACCCUUGGGUCGGGCACUGUGGAGGUUCCUCACAGAAAGUAUUUGGCUUUGAUGGAUCAGCUGCCCAAGAAUAUCUUCAUGACCAUGCACCCAAACUGAACUCAAACAUUCUUUUUCAGGAAAAUCAGCACUCCUUUGCUCCAGAAGCUGUUCUGCGCCAACCUGAGAUACUGGACUUUGCAAUUGCUGCAGCACCUGUGCUCCGGAUGCCUUCAUCUUCAACUUUAGUUGAUGAUAGAACUACUAGUUCCACCAUUUCAGGCCACUAUCUCAGUCCUACGAGUGCAACUGAUGUCGCUGCAGCAGUGAAACCAGAGGAGAAAACUAUCUUUGGAGAGGCUUAUGAAGCAAAACAAGUGGAAACAGUGAAGGAACCUGAUGUUCAAAAUAUUCCUCCUCAAAAUAAAAAUCAAAUGAUGAUGUUUGAUUUAAAUGGCAUCAAGCCUAUUGAAGAUGGCGGUGAUACCACAAAAAUCAGCGACUCUAAUGCUCAUGGUGCAUUAGAGCACAGGAGACUCUCCACUCAGUAUUUGAGUUUUUUACCUGAGUUGAUUGCUUCAGUAAAGAAAGCAGCCUUGGAAGGUGCUGAGGAGGUGAAAGCCAGAGCUCAAGCAAAUGUUGAUGAUGGUGUUCUACAACAUCCAGAUGUGAAGGAAGCAUCUGUACAUGAAUCAGAACCUGUGAACAACAUCGAGUUGGAGCAUGAUUCUGAUAAUGACCAUCCGGACACUGCCAAGAUUGAGCCAACGAAGGCUGAGGAAGAAGCUUUGGCUAGAGGAUUACAGACAAUAAAAAAUGAUGAUUUGGAAGAGAUCCGAGAGCUGGGUUCUGGUACAUAUGGUGCUGUCUUUCAUGGUAAAUGGAAAGGUUCUGAUGUUGCGAUAAAAAGAAUAAAAGCAAGCUGCUUUGCUGGAAGGCCAUCUGAGAGAGAACGUCUGAUUGCAGAUUUCUGGAAAGAGGCUCUGAUAUUGAGUUCUUUGCAUCAUCCAAAUGUUGUUUCGUUCUAUGGUAUAGUUCGUGAUGGUCCUGAUGGAACUCUAGCAACUGUUACGGAGUUCAUGGUUAAUGGUUCUUUGAAACAAUUUCUACAGAAGAAGGACAGAACUAUCGAUCGUCGCAAGAGACUCAUUAUAGCCAUGGAUGUUUCCUUUGGGAUGGAGUAUUUGCACGGAAAAAAUAUUGUUCAUUUUGAUCUGAAGUGUGAGAAUCUGUUAGUAAAUAUGAGGGAUCCUCACCGGCCUAUCUGCAAGAUUGGUGAUUUGGGCUUAUCAAAGGUAAAGCAACACACGUUAGUGUCUGGAGGUGUUCGUGGAACUUUACCAUGGAUGGCACCUGAGCUUCUUAGUGGGAAAAGCAACAUGGUAACUGAAAAAAUCGAUGUUUAUUCUUUUGGUAUAGUUAUGUGGGAACUGCUUACUGGAGAGGAGCCUUAUGCAGAAAUGCAUUGUGCUUCCAUAAUCGGGGGCAUUGUGAACAACACAUUGCGUCCACAAGUUCCAUCAUGGUGCGAUCCAGAAUGGAAAUCUUUGAUGGAAAGCUGUUGGUCUUCUGAUCCGGGGGAGCGACCAUCAUUCUCGGAAAUUUCUCAGACACUGAGGAAGAUGGCUGCAGCAAUAAAUGUCAAGUGAUGGGUUCUGCUUGCAUAUAAUGCCUAUUCUGAAGCGUGUAGUUUUGUUUUUCUCACUAUGUAUAUCUUCCUUAUAGUCGAGAAAAGGAAAACCAAAAAAAAAAACAAAAAAAAACCAAAAAAAAAAAAACAUAGGGUGUUGCUGCUUCAGGGGGGAAAAAAUUAGAUAGAUACAGGUCAAUGCAAGGAAUGUGCUGCUGCCUUUGUUAGGCACACCAUUGAACCUUUUAUAGUUCUGCUAUACGUGGUAUUUGUUCUUCAUAGAGAGUGACUAUAUGCAUCCGUAUUGGAAUGUACUGUGGAAGACACCAAACCAGGACACAGGAAGGCUUGAUCAAAAUGAUCACACAUUAUUUUUGGAUGUGGAUAAGAGAGCAUUUUGUAUAGAUCUAUGGCAGCUACUGGAAUGCAGAGUAUGAUGUGGGGUUUUUUUCUUUUUUCUUUUUUCCAAGUGGAAUUGGUGGCAUGCAAGGAUGUAAAUAAAUUUUGUUUUAUUACUAUGUUCUGCCCAUAUGUGGAUUAAACCUUGGGACCGGAAAUUUUGUUAUAUUAUUUUUACAUAUGUUAUAUAGAUAUUCAGGCAGAUGUAUAAUGUUAGAGAAGAAAUAAAAGAAUAUAUUAUAGGUAGAAACCCAUCCCUCAAAUUUUUUA